AUGUUCCGAACAGCACUCCUCAGGUCCGCCCGGUCCGCCGUCCGCGCUGCCCCACGAUGCCAGGCCGCAAUGGCUCGCCCCGUUGCGCGAAGCUCCUUCGUCCAGCCAAAGCAAAUGAACCCCUCCGUAUACUUCCAGGCCGUGCGAUGCUACGCCGCGAGCGCCGGUCUGUCAAAAGAUGAGGUCACCGGCAGGAUAAUGGACCUUUUGAAGAACUUCGACAAGGUCACCGAUGCCUCCAAGCUGAACGCCGAAUCGCACUUCCACAACGACCUCGGUCUCGACAGUCUGGAUACCGUAGAGGUGGUCAUGGCGAUUGAGGAGGAAUUCAGCAUUGAGAUCCCCGACAAGGAGGCCGAUGCCAUCCACAGCGUCAAGCAAGCAGUGGACUACAUCAUGGCCCAGCCCGAUGCUCACUAA